AGACUUGGAGAAAUGAUCAAGGAGUACUGUUUGCCUGUUAAGUUGUAGCCUGUUAGGUUUAUUCAGGGGGGCUGGGUUAAGUAACAUCAGCUUCGGGCAUUUCUUUUUUUUUCUGGAGAGCUGUUGUGAAACUUGAAAUCAAAAACAAAAAGGAUAAGCAGAAAAACAAACCAGCUUCAUUCAACAAGGUUGAGAUAAGGAGGAUUUCAUCGGAGGAUUUGGACUGCAGUCUGCUGAUAAUUGUAGAACGAUGGCCUCUUACAAACGGAUCCUGAGCACCCUCGGGAACGGCCCUGUGCGGCGAAACCUGUUCGGCCCUGUUGACAGAGAGCAGCUGCAGACAGAGUACCAGGAUGCCCUGCAGAAAGACCUGGAAGAGGCUUCACGGCGGUGGGGCUUCGACUUCAUCUCGGACAAGCCACUGGAGAGCAGCGAUUUCCAGUGGGAGGGCAUCCCAGGUACCAAGGUGCCGCUGCUCUACCGAUCCUGUAUGCUCGGUCGGGGACAGUCAGAAGGUCAGAGGCCGGCAGAGGCAACAGUAACCCCCAAGACAGGAAGGGCGGAGCCGCUGGAAAAGGAGAAGGAGAACAUCCCGGGUACGCCAGAGAGAUUUGCACUCAACCUGGAGAACCUGGAGAAAACACCAGAGAGAAGAGAGAAUGCAGGGGCGAAGAGGAAGCAGACAAACAUUACAGAUUUCUAUCAGGCUAAAAGAAGAGUAGUUUGGAUGCCGCGCAAAUCCGGUGAGUGAUUUUCUGUGCAGUAUCCUGCAAAGGUGCCAAUGUUCUCAGAGAACCACACAGACAGUUCUACACUCAGGAAUGCUACGUUCUGCACAGACUCUGCACAGUCACUCACCGGGAGGUCUGGUACCCAGUGAACCAUCAGAAAACAGAAGGGACCUCAGCUACACAUGAUUACUACAAGAUUAAUUAGGGUACUGUAUUCACUCUGAGGGGUUGGUGCUUUUCCCAGUGGUAAGAAGGGGACAUUUGAGCAGAGAAGAUUAACGAUAAUCUCUCGAAUCAGUGGAUUUAUACUCAUUGGGACGAAGGGGAAGCCAAAGUGUUGACUGACAUUUCCUACUGUACAUUCCACAGUGCUUAAACCACAGUCACGUCUCUGUUUUUAUAGAAGCUCUGUACCUUUAGCAGUACAGAGACAUGAUAAAUGAGCAUAUUGCUGUACACACUUGAAACAGACAGUCGGUGUCGACAUCAUUCUGCCUCACAAUGAAAUGAAGUGAGACAAAACUGCAGAAUGAUUGAAAAUGGUAGAGAAUGAAUGAAGCCCUUUGGCUCCUUUGCUCAAAUCCACUAUGUUUUGUUUUUUUUGUUUUUUUUAAAAGAAUGAAUGUUCUUUUUCUUUGUAUAUUAUGAGGGCCAUGAGUCUUUCUUUCUUUUCCAAGCACUUCCUGUCCAAAUUGUAUUAUACUUUAUAUAUCCAGCUGUACAAUCACGUUUUUCUUUUUCUACCAUCAUGUAUUCAUAGGAAAAUGCUUGAAGAAUUGUGACGUCCUGCACAUGCAGUUGCUUUGCUUAGAUUGUAAACGACAGAAGUGCCAUCAUGUCCUCUUCCAUCCACUGUAUGUUGAAUGAUUUUUAAAACAGAUCUCCACAAGUGCCCCGUUCAGACUCUGACAUGUGCACAGCACCAGAUAAUGUAGGUUAGGAGUGUAGCACCAUGUCUUUAGAACUCUUAAAAUCACUUAUUUUUUAGGUUUAUUUAGAUAUAUAUCCAAUAUUUAUCAAUAGAGUUUAAUACAGCACUGUUAAGUAGCAUAACCAUAAAAACACUGCAGUAUUGCACAAACAUCUGAUAGGUGGUGUGUCCACAGCACCCAGUAUCGAGUGCCUUUAUGGCAUUUUUUUUCGGGGGGGGGGGGGGGGGGGGGGCGUAGUUGAAGCUCCAUAAAGGA